AUUGGUUGGUCACGAACCUAUGAUGAGAAAUUAGUAGUGCUGUUUAUUUGUGCUAAAGCUGUCACAAUCAUUUGUGAAGUUUUUUGACAAUAUCUCUGUAGAAGUCGAAGUUCCAGUGGUUUCUUCAGAUUUUUCGAACUGCAUAUGUUGUAUUGGAACCUGGCCAAAUGGCAAAACCAAUGCGAGAUAUUCAGUUGCCGAAGGACUCACCAUCAGAACUGUUGUUACAAAAGCACAUUGAAUUUCUUGCCAACUAUGGAACAGACAAAAAUGAUUAUGAGUUUUGUAUGACGGAGUAUAUGAGGAUGUCAGGAAUGUAUUGGGUCAUGACUGCCUUGGAUCUAGUCGGAUGCAAAGAUAGGUUACCUGCUGAUGAAGUAAUAUCUGCUGUCGCAAAAUGUCAAGAAGACACUGGGGGCUUCAUUCCGAGCCCUGGCCAUGACGCCCAUAUUCUGUACACUCUCAGCGCUGUGCAGAUUUUAGUAAUGUAUGAUGCAGUUGACCUCAUUAAUGUAGAAUCUCUAGUAUCGUAUGUAGUUGGGUUACAACAGAAGGAUGGUAGCUUUUUUGGAGACAAAUGGGGUGAGGUGGACACAAGAUUUUCUUUCUGUGCUGUUGCCUGUCUUUCUCUUGUGAAUCGUCUGGAUGCCAUUGAUGUCGAUAAAGCAGUCGAGUUUGUCAUGAGCUGCAUGAAUUUUGAUGGGGGAUUUGGAUCUCGCCCGGGUGCUGAAAGUCAUGCAGGCCUCAUAUAUUGCUGUGUGGCGUUCCUCUCAAUUACUGGUGAGCUGCACAGAGUGGACGCUGACCUUUUGGGGUGGUGGCUGUGUGAGAGACAAUUACCAUCGGGUGGUCUGAAUGGACGCCCUGAAAAGCUGCCAGACGUAUGUUAUUCGUGGUGGGUGCUCUCCUCACUCAGCAUUCUGGGACGGCUACACUGGGUACACAAAGAUCAACUUGUUAGAUUUAUUUUAGCUUGCCAGGACACAGAGACUGGUGGCUUCAGUGAUCGCCCUGGAGAUAUACCUGAUCCUUUCCACACUCUGUUUGGCUUGGCAGCUCUUUCACUGUUAGGGGAUUCAGAGAAAAUCAAGUCAGUAGACCCUACAUAUUGUAUGCCUGUACAUGCCCUUCAAAAGCUUGAAUCAAAACCGCAACGGCUGUACAUUUGAGAGGUUGGCCUAAAGGGGACUAAUGCACAAAGGGGUCUUCUGGUGUGCACAAAAGUUGCGGUGUAUUUACAAGAAUGUUGUACUAUAAAUGUUAUAUUAUAAAUUAUUAUAAGUGUAUACUGACCAUAUCUUGCUUUGACAUUAAUUUAAUCAGUGUCAUUAUGUCAAGGUGUAACUUUGGUAAUCAUAUUUUUAUAUACCUUUUUAAUGUCCUAGCAGGGAAGUAUUACGUACCACUGUUCAUUUUAAGAAUUUGAAACAAUUCAUUGUGAUCAAGUCUGUAAGGUUGCCCUGCUCCUGCAGUAAGGAAUCAAAUUUGCAUUGUUUAAAAUCAUGACAUGUUUCCAAUUGUUGUUUUUUUUUGUUUGUUGUUAGUUCUUUUGUAGGGGGUGUAGAUAUGGUACUGCAGCGCUUCAGCUGUUGUUAAAUAAAGCAAUAAACCGGUUUCUUUCCUCA